UCACUCUAGUCUUCUUCUCCAACUCCAUUUACUACCAUCUCCUUCCUUCUCUCAUGGAUUGAGUGUCAAACAUCAAAACGAUAUCGUUUUCUCUUUAGUUCUCUGUAAACAAAAACAAAUAUGGAGAAUUUUUCUUAUAAUUCUUAUCCUGAUUCCGGCAACUCGUCUCCUCGUUCGCGCGAGAUCGAUUUCGAGAACACGGCGCCAUGGGAGGAUCAGAACCCUCAGAACAUGAAAUUCAAGUUCAUGUGUAGCUAUGGCGGCAAGAUCCACCCUCGUCCUCACGAUAAUCAGCUCGCGUACAUCGGCGGCGAGACGAAGAUUCUCGCCGUUGAUUGUACGAUCAAAUUCGCUUCCAUGAUUAACAAGCUCUCCGCGCUCUGUGGCGAAGCGGACGUCUCGUUUAAGUAUCAGCUCCCCGGGGAAGAUCUUGACGCGUUGAUUUCGGUUACUAAUGAUGAUGAUCUCGAGCACAUGAUGCACGAGUAUGAGCGGCUUUUUAAAGCUUCGGCUAAGCCGGCUCGGAUGCGCUUGUUCUUGUUCCCGGCGGUUACUAAUUCCAGUUUUGGAUCCGAUGGUUCCAAGUCGGAGCGUGACCGAUUCGUAGAGGCUUUGAAUUCCGGUCCGAGUCAUGUGAGUGAGUCUAAGAAAAUCGCUAAUAAUGUUGAUUUCUUGUUUGGUUUAGAGAAAGGAAUUCCACCGCACAAAAUUCCGGAAGCGGUGCAGCCACCUCCGCCUCCGCCGCCGCCGGAAUAUCACGUUCCGGAUGAUCGAGGUAUCGGACCGGAUCGGGUCGUUUAUGCGGAUCAUGCAGUGAAUCCCGUUGAAAUACAGAGACAACUUCAAAGGUUGCAGAUGAGAGAACAUGAGCAACAAGUUCAAGAAGCUAUGUUCAUGAGAAAGACUGAAGAAAAUUUAGCCGGCGGAAUUUACGUCGCCAUGCCUGAAAAAGCUCAGCCGCCGCAAGGGACAGUACCUUUGUCCGUACAGCAAACGGCGGCGUUUCAAGUCCCCGGUCCGAGUUACCCGGCCACUGUAACCAGCACACACGGGCAACCGGAACAGCCGGUUUAUAUGAUCCCUCAAGGUACUACUGUGUAUCACGCACCGCAACCACAAUCACAGCCACAGCCACAACCACCACCACAAAUGAUCCGACAAGUACCGGGUCAACCCGGUCAACAUUACUAUCCCAACAUGCAAAGAAUGGCUCCGGGCCCACCUGCUCAUGAUGUUUACCGGGAACAGCCGGUUUACAACAUGGUUUUACCUCCGCAGACACAAGCGCCGCCGCCGAAUCUGCCGCAGAUGGGAAUGGUGCGGCCAAGUGGUGGCAGCGGCAGUGGCGGUGGGGUGGCAGUGACGGAUACGGGAUACACGCAGGUGGCAUAUGAUAGUGGGGUGGGGAGACAAGUAUAUUACACGGCAGCGGGAGGAAUGGUGGUGCAGCCGCCUACGACGUACCAGGGAGGAGUUGGGGUGGCGGCUAGCGGUGAAAUGAGGGGCCCGGAAGGGAAGGUGGUGGGUAAGGUAUCUCAAAAUUGAUGAAUAUGAAUGUGAGUAUAUCAAUAUGUUGUUGUAUUAAGUUAAAUUAAAAUGUAACGUAUGUUUAAGAUGAUUAGUUAGAUUUUAAAUUAUGAUAUGGGUUAUGUUGGAGAUGAGUUUAUCUUAAUAUGUUAUUAUAAAGUUUUUAUAUAUUUGCAUCA